GAUAUGCAAAGUUUCUUAUUUUCCCAUCCACUCACGUGUCGUUGUCACCCUAUCUUAUCAAGUUUUGUUGAGUUUAGAACAAGACGUCCUUUUUUGGGCAGUUACACAUACUCAAAGCCUGUCAGGCUUUGGAUGACUUCUGUGAAUACAGAAAGGACCGCUCCUUCUGAUGGUGAGCAGUCUUUUCCUCAAGUAAAGCAGUUGCUUGAAAGAACAAAGAAGUUAGGAAAACUUAGAAUUAUUGUUACCAACGCAGCUUCAGUCAUGGAAAGCAUAUGUACCACUGAAAAACUUUUUUAUGCAAAAGGUCCAAACCAAUCGACUUAUGCCAACUUAAUCGACUCAAGUCUCAAUCUUGAUCUCCAUAUAAAGUUAGAAGCGCUGGGAGCUGUUCGUUUUGAACAAGGAGUUAGUCGCUCAGCUUCAAAGGCUCCUACUUAUAUUAUCCGUUGGUUGGGCAAAGAUCAUACAACGGUUGUCUUGAGUAUGUUCUUGCAGGGGGACAAAGACCCUUCAGAUGUUCCACCUGAAAGUGUUGCGGAGUGGAAACAACUAAAACAAGAAUAUUGUCAAAAUAGCUUGACGUACAUUUUCCAGUGAUGCUGUACUUUUCUCUUUCAUAAUAAUCUA